AUGUCGAACUCUGAAAGUACUGAAUGCACUACUUUCGAGACACAUACUGCUCAACAACUUUUAAAAGUUCAUGAAGAGCAUGAAGAAACCCAUACUCAAAAUGAAGUCACAACAAAAACUGAUUAUCCGUCUAUUACCAAAAAUCCCGAUUUAACGUCUGCAUCAUAUGAUACGAAUUUUCCUUCUUUAUCGGCAUCAACCGUCACAAAUACAAAACCCUCUUCAGCAUGGGGUACUAAGUCUGGUGUUGCUGCUGUUCGCUCAGGAGUAGCUCUAGGCUCCGUUGGCGAAUAUCAAAAAUCAGCAGCUGAUGAAGGAGCGACUCUCAUGUCAACAACCCAUCAUCCAUCGGUUAAAAAACCAAUUUUUGUGACAGAAAUUCUUGAAUUGCCUGCCUCCCAACAGUUGCAAAAUCAACAGUUGCAAAAGAAAGAGUUCGGUAAUAAAAUCACAACUGUCGACGUUGUUAAGCGCGUUAAAGAUAAGACUAACACACAUAUUGAAGUCUCGACAGGACAUAAAACUGGUAAUACAACUUUUAUAAUCAAAGGGAAACACGAAAAUGUUAUGAGAGCCAAACGUGACUUGCUUGACAAUUUGGCUGUUAAGAGCGAAAAAAUUAUUCAAGUUCCAAUUUCCGUUCGACGCCACAUUCUUGGAACUCGUGGUCAAACUUUACAAUCAAUUACUACUAAAACUGGUGUUAGAAUUCAGCUUCCUACUCGCCAAGAAAACCAUAUUGAAGAAAGAAUUGAACUUGAUUAUGAUGCUGAAGAAGAAAUGAUGGACGUUAAAUUGGAAGGUGAUGCGAAAGGUAUUAGCUUAGCCAUAGAAGAAAUAGAAGCCAUUGUAAUAAAUAACAGGGUAACAAUUACUAAUAUCGAGCACCAGUAUUAUCCACUUAUUUCGGGUGCUCAUAAUUCGCGUAUAAUUCAAAUCAGUCACGAAACUGGUGCUAAAAUUAACGUUCCUCCUUACUUUGCUUCUACGGAAUCAACUGAAAGUCAUGAACAUUCUUCAAGGGAUGCCAUUGUUAUUUUCGGAGAAAGAGAGGCUAUUAAAAGGGCAUCGGAUAAAAUUGAAGAAAUUUACGAGGAAUUGAAAAGUAAUACUACUACUGUGGAAGCUAACAUUCCAAAACGUCAACAUAAGUUUCUAAUUGGACAAAAAGGAUCUAACCUUCAGGAGAUUCUCGAAAAAACCGGUUGUUCAUUGGAACUCGCACCACCAUCAGACCCUUCUGAAAAAGUUAUAAUCCGAGGGCCACAGAAUCAAGUUAUUGCAGCAUUGCAAGCCGUAUACGAUAAAGCCAAUUCAAUUCAUGUUAAAACUUUGGACAUUUCUCAUCUUCACAAGGCCGAUCAACCAUUGGAACAUGCUAAAAAUAUAUUAAAGUAUUUGUGGAAUAGAAACAAGUUGAAAAAGAUUGAAAGCGAUACAGGCAUUCAAAUCAUUGUACCAAAAGGACCUUUAGUUGUUUUAGAAUUCGUUGGUAAGGUUUCUAAAGAAGUGGAAAAUGCACAAACAGAAGUGGACAAGGAAGUGGAGCAUGCACGAAAAGAAGUUCGUGAAAUAGUUAAGGAUUUGUCUCCAAAUUGUUUCGCGAUUGCGUCUAUCGAACCUCAUUUGCAUCGACAUAUAAUUGGUCGUAAAGGGCAAAAUCUCCAACGAGUAAAAGAUACAUAUGGUGUUGAGAUCAUUGUUCCUGACGAAAAAGAUGAUAGUCCGGAUAUAUUGAUUGUCUUCGAGGGAAAGCGUGAAGAAAUUCCUUCCGAUAAGAAAGAAAAGGAGGCUUAUAUUAAAGAUGUUUUAGAACAAGCUAAAGCCGAACUAAUAAAAGCGGGUCAGGAUGCUUCGGAUUUUGCUACACAAACUCUCACGAUCCCAGUACGUUUCCAUCGAUAUAUUAUCGGACCAAAAGGUAGCACGCUUAAUGGAAUUACCGGAGGCAUUGAUGCACCUGUUUCUGUUAAAUUUGGAUCAUCUCGAACUGGUGCAGCUGAACGUUCAGCUAACGCUGAAGGUAAAAGGCUUGUGAAUGUGCCGAUUUCUGAUGAUAUCGUUAUUAUUAAAGGUCCAACUGAUGAAGUUGAAAGAGUUGUAAAUCAAAUUAAUCAUGUAGUCGAAAAUGCUAAACAUGUCGAGAUCAUGAAAUCUUAUACCGAGGAAUUCACCUUCCCUGCUCAAUUUUCAGCUCAUGUCAUUGGUAAAGGUGGUGCGCAUGUAAACCGCCUUAAGGAAAAUUUAAAUGUUAGAAUUGAUAUCGAAGGUGGCCCCAAAGGGGAAGAAAAAAAAACCAAUCCGGGCGAAAACGUUAAAGUUACUAUUACAGGAGUGAAGUGCAAUGUGGAAGAGGCCAAAGUAAAAAUAAUGGAUUUGAUAGAUAAAUUGCAAGAUGCUACUGUAGUCCCCUUAAUAGUUCCUGCCGAAUACCAUAGGUCAUUGAUUGGCACAAAAGGUCGUUAUGUGAAACGUCUCGAAGAAAAAUAUGGAGUACAAAUUCGUUUCCCAAGAAUUAAUGGAGAAUAUGAAGAAGAUACAUGUGCUCAAAACCCUGACGAAGUUAUUAUAAAAGGUGGGAAAAGGGGAGUACAUGAUGCAAAGGCAGAAUUGUUGGAAUUACUAGAUUAUGAAAGAGAUCAUGAUCAUUCUAUUAACUUCAAAAUUCCUGCUAAAUAUCUCCCCCAUAUUGUCGGUAAAAGCGGUUCUAGAAUAUCAGAAAUCAAGACAUCUACCUUUACACGUAUUGAUCUAGGUCAUCCAGAAAUUCCGGAAGACGGUUCAGAACAACAAGUAGUAAAUGUUGUUAUUCACGGAACCAAGUCUGAUAUUUGCGACGCUCAAGAAAAAAUUCUUAAUAUUGUAAAGGAACUUGAAGAUCAGAUUACGAUUACUAUGCAUAUAGAUCCUCAACAUCACAAAUACUUAAUUGGUUCACGUGGAAGCCGUAUUCGUGAAAUUGUUGCAAAUGCAAGUGAAACGGAAGAAACAAGUGGCCAUGCUAGUAUUGUAAAGUUCCCUCGCUAUGGUGAUAACAGUGAUGAAGUGAUUCUCAAAGGAGAGAAAAGUCUCGUUGAAAAAGUUAAAACUGAGUUGGAAAGAUUAGUUGAAGAACAAAGUAACUUAAAAGUUGGCAUGGUACAAAUUCCACGUACUCAGUACUCCAUAUUAAUCGGUCGUAAUGCUAGUCAACUCAAAGAACUUCAAACUCGCUAUGAUGUCGAAAUUCAAUUUCCCGGUUCACGAUCAUACUAUGAAACUCCUACUGCGGAAAUUUUGAGUAAUGAAGUUGAAAAUAGUGAAGAAGCGGUCAAAAUUAUUGGUAAAGCGGAAAAUAUUGAAGCCGCUAAAGUCGAUAUUUUAUCUAGGAUAAGAUAUACUCAUAUUGUGAAUGUACCUCGUAAAUUUCACAAUUCUAUUCUUACACAUGUACGAAAACUUCGAAACGAAUUUAAUGUCAUUGUCGAUCAUGGCGAAGUAACGCCUGAAAAAAUUGAUUCUCAACCUAAGAAACCUAACGGAAAUAUGGUAUCAACAAAAAGAAUUGAUGAUGAUGAAAAUCCUCAAGAAAACGAUGGAGAAUUAAAGUGUGAAAUUGUUGAAAAUGAAGAAGUAUAUGGGGAGAUUCCUUGGAGUUUGAAAGGGGAGAAAUCGCAAGUCGAAAAGGCAGAGUUAUAUAUAAAAGAGUUAUUGGAAGGAUCGGUUAACUUUACUCAUACGGGAUAUAUCUCAGUUCCUCAUCAAUUCCAUCGUCACAUUAUUGGUCGACUUGGUGCAACUAUUAGUCGUAUUCGCAAUGAAAGUAAAUGCAAUAUAGAAGUACCUAAAAUCCAAGGUGAUGAUAUAGUGAUCGUAACUGGAACACGAGAAGGGAUUGAAGAAGCACGCAAGUUAAUGAAUUCCGUUGUAGAACGUGUUGGAAGAUGA